AUGGAUGAGGCUAGCGACUAUCAAGUUGCCACCAUCGUCCGCUCGGGCACCAGCAAGCAGGGAUCCGUUAGUUCGGAGGAGUUUAAGACAGCCCUGGCCAAGGACUGGCUAAGGAUACUUCCCAAGCCAGGAAACAUCCGCUUCGAUGAUGAAGGAGCCUUUCGGGAUCAAAAACUGAUCGAGUGGAUCGAAGCUCAGGCGAUUCGAGUUUCCGUCAUAGCCGGUGAAGCAGCAUGGCAAGUAGGGAAGCAUUCUAGACAUUUGGAAGUUCUUAAGGAGAACAUGUCCUUGUUGUCUUCCGAAGUUGGACCCCAAGCUAAGGCCGAGGAGUUGUUAGCUUUGAGUUUGGCCAGUAAGAACGAAAUGCACAAUGUUCAAGGAUACUCCCCGAAUCAGUGGGUGUUUGGCCAGGACAAGACUAGAGUCCAAUCCUUUCUUCAAAAUGGGGAUAACAUGGCCACGUCUAGUCUUAGAGAUCGCAAUGAGUCGUUUGAGUCCUCGCUUGAAAAGGCACACUUGGCUAGACAAACUUUCCUCAAAGCAGACAGCCGCAGACGCAUCCUUCGUGCAGCACGGGGCCGUGCUCGUAAGAGCCAAAGUUUCGAAGUAGGUCAGCUUGUUUAUUUCUAUCGUAAAGGUAGGAAUAAUACGAGUCGACAUGAGGCAGGCUGGCAUGGACCCGCACGAGUGCUGGCCAUUGAGAAGCAGGGGUCCACUGAGCUCAACCAGACCCAAGGUUCCGUCAUCUGGGUUGUGCAUGCAACAGUGUUGUACAGAUGUGCACCUGAGCAACUGCGUAUUGAACCUGAGGACAGUGAGACCCAUGAACAUGAACCGCAAGUUCGCGGCUUGUCCUCUAGUAACGCCAAGCAGAACGCCAUCAACCUGCUGGAGAAGAUGUCCAACACCACCAAGAAGAAGACGGCAGAGUCCACCGUGACAGUGGAAAUCAACCGCCUGGAGGCGCUGAACCUGCGCGAGCUGGGCGAGGUGUUCAGCGAGAAAGCCGACUACCUGAAGUGGCUCAUCGAGCACCACGAGAACAACCCCAAGUACCUGAACGUCAUUUGGUACGCGAAGCGGCAACCUUCCCUCAUCACCAGGGACGGCAGCGAAUCCCAGUCCAGGAACGACAGUGAGUUCCGGACCGACCGACAGCAGACGCCAAGCGGCGUCAGCAGUCAGAACGCCGAGGAGAUUCUGACGGAGCUGGCUCAAGAGAGAGGACUCGUCCGGGACGAUCAGGGUCAGACCUUGACACUCAAGCAGGUCUACGAGGCAUGCCAGCAGCAGGUGGCCACGCUCAAGGAACGCAUCGACCUCCUCGAGCAGACCAAUCAAGUCUACCAGCAGACGAUGUAUCAGUUCCACGGCCAGAUCCUGUACCUACAGGAGCACCUGGAGGACGCACUCCGGCGCCUAGCUGCAGCCGAGGCCGCGCAGAACCGCGAGAGACAGUGA